AUGCUGAGCGAAUCCGACUAUGGUCCUUCCCGUCACGGUGUGCAGUCGGCGCAAGCGAACCUCAGCAAGGAGGAAGACGUGUUGCGUAUGUUCGAUGCACUCAAGGGGUGCCCAUUUGGUCCAGUGCAGGUGCAGAUCGCGAAUCAUGGGUACUACCCGCCGGCAGAUGUGCCUGUUGCGGAGACGUCGCUCGCGCAGUGGGAGUCGACUUUCGCGUCUAACAUGACAUCUACCUUCCUGGUCGUCAGGGAUACUGCGGGCAAAUAUGGCGAGAUUGGCCAUGCCGACUACUCUGCGACCAAAAGUGGAAUGAUGUAUGACUUUACAAUGUCGCUGAAGAAUGAGAUCGUCAAAAUCGCCCCACGCGGGCGAGUGAACUGCAUCGUUCCCGGGUGGGUCAAGACCCCCAUGGCCGAACAUGCCCUGAAGCAACCUGAUAUUAGUUACCACGCGCUGGCGACCAUGCCGCUCAAGAAAGUCGCUACGCCAGAGGACGUCGCGUCUCAGGUUGUCUUCGUGGCGUCGACCGCCGUGUUCGGACACGGUAGGCUGCUGAACAAGCGCGAGGACAUCAUCGCCUACUAA